GACAAGGAGAGUCUUAGAAAAGCUUUCCCUGCUCAACUUCUAGGCACAUUCUUAAAUUCCAACUUGGUGACUGAAGUUAACAUUUAACAGAAAUUCUAUGAUAAUUACACGAGAAAACAUUAAGCAAAGGCUCAAAAAUGUAUUCAAUUCAUAUAAAGCCUUAAGUAUUUGUCACCUGUUAGUAUCACCUUUAUAGAUUAAUAAAAGGUGGUUUUCCUGUGAAUGCUAAUCAUUUACAUACCAUUGCCUGUGGUAGCUGCAUGAAAACACACGGCCUCGAUGAAGCAUCCUUGUGUUUCACAAAACAAAACAUGUAAAAAUGUGGUGCUCUCACCACCCUUGUGGGGUGGCUGUUUGCAGGAGGAUGCUGUCCUUUUCUGUUGGAGCAGCUGUGGGGAUGAGGACACAGUGCUGUGUGUGACAGCUGACUGCAGGUCAUAAUGGACAGCAAAAGCUUACAGGGGUGGCCGGCAAGGGGCUGCAGUUCAGACCAUGGUGGAGGCUCCAGAGAGGACAUGCUGUAGUCUUAAUGAAAGAGAGACAUGGGUGGCAGGGAAGCGCCCGGAACAGACACUUGCUGCCCAUGUUCUGGGGCUGCAUGGGAAAACUGCAGCGGCAGCUGCGCAAGGGCGAGUUUGCCAUGUUCAAGUGCAUUCCCAUAUUUGAGAGCGACUUCAUCCAGAUAAGCAAAAGAGGGGAACCGAUCAAUGUGCACAACCAUGUGCAGAUGGUCACUGUGGGCAUCGCAUAUACCAGCUACGACAUUGUAAUACCUGACAUCAUGCUGCUGGCAGAACCGGCUGACAACUGUGCAGUCAGUGCCAAACAUGACAGACACACCCCGGGAAAGGGACUCAAGUCAGAGAAUAGCUUGGAGCUGACCAGGCUACUUCCUUUGAAGUUUGUAAUUUUAUCCAUCCAUAGUCAUGAGAAAAAACAGCUCUGUCUGAAGUUUGCCACUGGCCGCUCUUUUUACCUACAAUUAUGCCCCCCUUCAAAUGCAAGAGUAGACCUGUUUGCACACUGGGAAGACCUAGUGUUCUUCCUGAGACCGCCAGUAGAGGCUUACAGCAGUACCCAUGCCGUACCAGCUUGUGAAACCGUGGACAUACCUGAGUCGGAGACAGAAGACGAGCAGAGCCCAGAAGUAAGUUUUUGCAGAAACUCUCAGAGAGGGUCCCCAAUGCUUCAAGAGAGCAACAGAAGGCUCUCUGGCUGCUCCCUUAGGCUGACUGGGAAACACUGCAUGUGGAAGGGCUCAGGCCAGAUGAGCCACUAUGUGAGUGCCUUGCCACACGGGGGAGGUCCCAAGUGCUUCUGAAUACCAGAGGUUCCUUAUAUGUCAGUUCCUCCAACCCCAUACCCAAUGGUGUAAU